GAUCGCAGUACAGUCCAUUUCCACUGCGCGCUAUUCAUUCACGGAGCUAUCAAAAAAAUCGCAGUCGUGAUUUUUUUUGUGCACAAAGAAACUUUUAAAGAGCCAAACAGAUGUGAGUCGGAGCGGUGCGUAAAGAGAGCGCAAAAAGCAGGCGGGAGUAGGCGUUUCCCAUGCACCGACCAGCUCACUUCCUCAGUCGGCGGCUCGACGGCGAUCACACAGGUUUCGUACGCGUUUGCGCUUGAAGAUUUACAGGAGAGCGCCGGUAACUCAAGUAUCUGCGAUAUACAGAAGCAAUUAUUACCGAGCCGCCUUUUGGACAACAUUAGAAGCCGGAAAGAGUCGGGUUCGGCGUCACUGACCUGUAUUUUUUUAGACAGCGAUCUCAACUUUAUUAUGUUGGAGACUUUCUGAUUUGGAUGAUUUACCAAGAGGACCUAGUGGGAAAAGAAUUCCUGAUGAAGGUAUAGCCUCUUCAGAGGUGUGCGCCAUGUCAUAUGGAGCGGAAUUUAGGCUCGCGCUGGUUUGCGCCUGAUCCGCGUAUGGAUGUGCGUUUUUAAACGAGUGAAAAACUCACCAGACGCCGUUUAUCUGGACGGGAUGAGUUUCCAGAGAGGGCUUCGCAUGCCCUUAGGCUACUCUGGGUUUUGCUAGCGCUCAUUGGGAAUGUCGGAAGUCGCUGAACUAUAAGGGCCGCUUCUUUUAGACGCAAAGCUGUCAAGAAAAGAAAGUUUCACACCUGUGAAGUAAUCAUUAGGACAGGAGGCUCAGGAUGAAAAGAUGGCAACCUUGCUGUUUCCACCGGGUUCCGACAGCUUGCACCGGUUCACUCGUGAAUCCCUGGCUGGCAUCGAGCAGCGGAUCGCCGAAGAAGAGGCGCAGAAGGCCAGGGAGUACCAGGAGGACUUGGGUGACGUGGAGACUCCCAAGCCCCGGGCAGACCUGGAGGCCGGGAAGCAGCUCCCCCGCAUUUUUGGAGACAUUCCAUCAGGACUGGUGGGGGUGCCGCUGGAGGACAUCGACCCAUUUUACUUCCAGAACAAGAGAACUUUUAUAGUACUAAACAAAGGGAAGGCCAUCUUCCGAUUUAGUGCCACAUCUGCACUCUAUAUUUUUAGCCCUUUUCAUCCUGUUAGAAGAGCAUCGAUAAAGAUUUUAGUACAUUCUUUAUUCAGUCUGUUCAUUAUGUGCACUAUUUUGACAAACUGUUGCUUCAUGGCCAUGUCGGAGCCAGUCCAGUGGGCCAAGUAUGUCGAGUACACCUUCACGGGCAUCUACACGUUUGAGUCGUUGAUAAAAAUUUUGGCGAGAGGAUUCUGCAUCGGACCAUUCACCUUCCUGCGGGAUCCAUGGAACUGGCUGGACUUCAGCGUGAUUGUCAUGGCAUAUGUUACUGAGUUUGUGGACCUGGGCAAUGUCUCAGCGUUACGGACGUUCAGAGUCCUACGAGCACUGAAAACUAUCUCGGUCAUACCAGGCUUGAAGACCAUUGUUGGCGCCCUGAUUCAGUCAGUAAAGAAGCUAGCAGAUGUCAUGAUCCUGACUGUCUUCUGUCUGAGUGUGUUCGCUCUCAUCGGCCUUCAGCUCUUCAUGGGUAACCUACGUCAGAAAUGCAUCCGCAGUACAACCAACUGCUUCAACACCACCGACACCUCUUUAUACAGCAACACCUCCUUCUUCUGCAAUAACAGGACCUGGUCAUCACUAGAAGAGUUUAACAUGGACGAAGGCAACUAUUUCAAAGAGGAUGGAUCCAGGGAUGCCUUAAUAUGUGGAUUUGCAAGUGAUGCCGGGAAAUGUCCAGAUGGUUUUGUCUGUAGGAAGACAGGACGUAAUCCGAAUUAUGGCUACACCAGCUUUGACACCUUCGGCUGGGCAUUUCUCUCUCUCUUCAGGCUCAUGACACAGGACUACUGGGAAAACCUAUACCAUCAGACGCUACGGUCUGCGGGAAAGACCUAUAUGGUGUUCUUUGUGGUGGUGAUCUUCCUGGGCUCCUUCUACUUGGUGAAUCUGAUCCUGGCGGUUGUAGCUAUGGCUUAUGAAGAGCAGAACCAAGCUACCCUCGCUGAGGCGAUGCAGAAAGAGAAAGAGUUUCAGCUCGCCAUGGAACAGCUAAAAAAAGAACAGCAAGCAGCUCACAAAUCUCAGGAGACUGAGUCAGUGUUGGCUCCUGACCUGUCUCCCUUGGCUCCUCAAGAAGACAAAGAGCACAAGAACAGGAAGAAAAGCCUGAGGCCACUUUCAGAAGAGAUGGAGAACAAUGGUGAUGAAAAGUCACCAAAGCAAGAUACUUUAGAUGGAACAAAGCAAUCAAAUGCUUUGGUGGUGCGAACUCUGUCGUCCUGGACCAAACGGGAAAGCCAGGCCAGUAUCUUUAACUUCCGUCUAAGGAACAAAGAAUCUGAAACAGAUGCCGACGACGAAUUUAGCAAUCAUGGUGAUCCGGAUAGUCAUCCUGGUUCUCUUGUCUUGCCCUGGCAAAGGAGACGAAUUAGUGCACAGAGCACAAGCAGCCAUGGCUCUCAGGUCUUCUACCCCAGCCUCAAUAUCAACGGAAAGCUGUUUGUUGCUAUAGAUCAGAACGGCAUCUCAAGUCCAGGACCGCUUACCCCUCUGCCAUUACCAGCAUGCACCAUGGAGAAGGUCAAAGAAGAAAGUGGAUCACACGAGCUGAGCAGUACGCUCCUCCCACAGCUGUCCCUGGAGGGCCGAGACAGGGCGCUAAGUGCUGCUAGCUACCUCACUGACGCCAUGGAAGAGCUGGAGGAAGCACACCAGAAAUGUCCUCCCUGCUGGUAUACAUUUGCCCACAAGUACCUGGUGUGGACAUGCUGCCCUGGCUGGCUCAAACUGAAAGAGUGGAUCAAGAUCAUGGUAAUGGAUCCCUUUCUGGACCUGGCGAUCACCAUCUGCAUCGUGCUCAACACACUCUUUAUGGCCUUGGAGCAUUACCCAAUGACAGACGACUUCAACAGGAUGCUUUCUGUGGGCAACCUGGUCUUCACAGGAAUCUUCACAGCUGAGAUGGUCCUGAAGAUCAUCGCCUUGGACCCAUACUACUACUUCCAACAGGGCUGGAACAUCUUUGACAGCUUCAUUGUUUGUCUCAGCUUGAUGGAGCUUGGGCUUUCUAAUGUCGAAGGCCUGUCUGUCCUGCGCUCCUUCAGACUGCUGCGAGUCUUCAAGCUGGCUAAAUCAUGGCCCACACUGAACACCCUGAUAAAGAUCAUAGGCAACUCUGUGGGUGCUUUAGGAAACCUCACUCUGGUUUUGGCCAUCAUCGUCUUCAUCUUCGCCGUGGUGGGCAUGCAGCUGUUUGGGAAGAAUUAUGAGAUGUGUGUAUGCAAGCUCUCCAAGGAUUGUAAACUGCCACGAUGGCACAUGAAAGACUUCUUCCACUCCUUUCUAAUCGUGUUCCGGGUGCUGUGUGGUGAAUGGAUCGAGACCAUGUGGGAUUGUAUGGAGGUUGCUGGACAGCCCCUUUGCAUCCUGGUCUUCAUGCUGGUCAUGGUGAUUGGGAACCUGGUGGUUCUGAAUCUCUUCCUGGCUCUGCUACUCAGCUCGUUCAGUGCGGACAACCUGUCAGCGCCGGACGAUGACGGUGAGCUGAACAACCUGCAAAUUGCCAUAGGUCGCAUCCAAAGAGGAAUCCUGUGGCUGCGCCGGGCCCUGUGUGAUUUCUUCAAUGGCAACUUCAAGCGAAGACGGCAGAAGGCCAAAGAGGCAAAGGCCAUGCUGAAGCUGAAGAGGCUCAGCCAGCAGGCCCAGAGGGCCGAGGGCAACGGCACAGCAGGGGUCAUUGGCCGCACUGGAGAUAAGUGCGCCUCUCCGGAUGACAGCUACAUGACCAACCCCAACCUGACCAUCAGUGUGCCUAUUGCACCUGGAGAGUCAGACGUAGAGUUUCCGGAUGAAGAGGAUGAUGACGAUGAAGCUAGUGACAGCUCUGAUGAAGAGAAGGAAGCAGAAACCAAACCGAGUGACGACAUCAGCCUAUCCGAGGGCAGCACAAUUGACCUCCGAAAGCCUGGAGAGGAGGAAGAUGAAUACUCUGAGAUGGCAGAGGAGGACAUGGACCCGGAAAAUUGUCUCCCUGAUGUGUGCCUCCGUCAUUUCCAGUGCUGUGAUAUCGACACUACUGUGGGUCUGGGCAAGGUGUGGUGGCAGCUCAGGAAGACCAGCUAUCAGAUAGUGGAGCACAGCUGGUUCGAAUCAUUCAUCAUCUUCAUGAUCCUGCUGAGCAGCGGCGCUCUGGCAUUUGAAGACAUUUAUAUUGAACAGAGAAAAGUGGCCAAGAUUGUGCUCGAGUUUGCAGACAAGAUCUUCACCUACAUCUUCAUCCUGGAAAUGGUACUGAAAUGGCUCGCAUAUGGCUUUAAGAAGUACUUCACAAACUACUGGUGCUGGCUUGACUUUCUAAUCGUCGAUAUUUCAGUGAUUGGCCUGUUGGCGAGUGCCCUCAAUUAUGAACAAAUUGGCACCUUGCGUGUUCUAAGGACGCUUCGGGCAUUGAGGCCGCUACGGGCCGUAUCUCGCUUUGCUGGCAUGAGGGUGGUGGUGAACGCUUUGAUUGGGGCCAUCCCCUCCAUCAUGAACGUCCUGCUGGUGUGUCUCAUCUUCUGGCUCAUCUUCAGUAUCAUGGGUGUAAACCUGUUCGCUGGAAAAUUUGGCCGCUGCAUCAACCGCUCAGGCUUCAUCUACAAUGCCUCACACAUUAACAACAAGACCGAGUGCCUGGCUAUGAACGAUACCCAGUACUACUGGACGAAAGUAAAAGUCAACUUUGAUAACGUGGGUGCUGGCUACCUUGCACUGCUUCAAGUGGCUACUUUUAAAGGCUGGAUGGACAUCAUGUAUGCAGCAGUGGAUUCACGAGCUGUGGAGCAGCAGCCAAUAAAGGAGAUCAACUUGUACAUGUACCUUUAUUUUGUGAUUUUCAUCAUUUUUGGAUCAUUCUUCACCCUAAACCUGUUCAUCGGUGUGAUCAUCGACAACUUCAACCAACAGAAACGCAAGUUAGGUGGACAGGACAUCUUCAUGACUGAAGAGCAGAAAAAAUAUUAUAAUGCCAUGAAAAAACUGGGAUCAAAAAAACCUCAGAAACCUAUUCCCAGGCCUUUGAAUGCAUUCCAAGGAUUCUUCUUUGACUUGGUGGCAAAACAAGCUUUCGACAUCAUUAUAAUGUUGCUCAUCCUCCUGAACAUGUUGGCCAUGAUGGUGGAGACAGAUGAACAGUCCCCUUACAUGGAGUCCAUCCUGUAUAAUAUCAACCUGGCCUUCAUCAUCAUCUUCACCGCCGAGUGCAUCAUUAAGAUUAUUGCCCUCCGCUGCUAUUUCUUCACCGUCAACUGGAACAUCUUUGACUUUGUGGUAGUCAUUCUCUCCAUUGUGGGUAUUGUUCUCGCAGAUAUAAUUGAGAAAUACUUCGUUUCGCCGACUCUUUUCCGAGUGAUCCGACUGGCCCGAAUAGGACGUAUACUUCGUCUCAUUCGAGGAGCCAAAGGAAUCAGAACGUUACUAUUUGCCUUAAUGAUGUCCUUACCUGCAUUGUUCAAUAUAGGUCUCCUGCUCUUCUUAGUCAUGUUCAUCUAUGCCAUUUUUGGAAUGGCAAACUUUGCCUAUGUGAAGAAACAAGGUGGAAUCGAUGACAUGUUCAACUUUGAGACAUUUGGCAACAGCAUGAUUUGCCUUUUCCAGAUAACGACUUCAGCUGGCUGGGACAGCCUGCUCAGUCCCAUUUUGAAUAACUCCCCUGAAGAGUGUGACCCCACUGUGCCAAACAUAGGCACCACAGUCCGGGGCAACUGUGGGAACCCCACAGUAGGCAUUACCUUCUUUGUUACUUACAUUAUCAUAUCUUUUCUCAUUGUGGUGAACAUGUACAUUGCCAUUAUCCUUGAGAACUUCAGUGUGGCCACAGAGGAGAGCACUGAGCCACUAAGCGAGGAUGACUUUGAGAUGUUCUACGAGGUUUGGGAGAAAUUUGAUCCCGAGGCCACACAGUUCAUCGAGUAUGCUAAGCUUUCGGAUUUUGCCGAUUCGCUGUCCGAGCCGCUGCGUAUCGCCAAGCCUAAUAAAAUUAAGCUGAUUUCUAUGGACUUGCCCAUGGUGAGCGGUGACAAGAUUCACUGUCUGGACAUCCUGUUUGCCUUUACCAAGCGUGUGCUAGGCGAAUCAGAUGAAAUGGAUGCUCUCAAGCAACAAAUGGAAGAGAAGUUUAUGAUGGCAAAUCCAUCCAAAAUCUCCUACGAGCCCAUUACUACAACUUUACGACGUAAGCAAGAGGAGGUAUCGUCCAUCGUUAUACAGAGGGCCUACAGAAGGCAUUUACUCCGGAGACAGUUGAGGCAAGCCUCGUUCAUAUAUCGACAGAUCAAUGUAGAAGGAGCUGCCAGCAGUGAGGAUGACAGCCCACCAGAGAAGGAGGGACUCAUAGCCUUCAUGUUGAAGGAGAAUUAUGGACCUGAGACAGAGGCUCUGUCCUCGACCUCCUCACCCCCGUCUUAUGACAGUGUGACAAGAGCCACUAGUGAGCUUUUCCAAGCUCUAAUACCUGAGCCCAGGAACAGUGACCUGAGCAAACCUGACCCUGACAAAGACCGUGAAACAUUUCUAUAACAUUAAGUAUAAAGAUGCUCUCUCACACACGUUAAUCUUCUUGUUACUUUGUUUUUUGUUUACAGAAUGUAACAUAGCUCAAACAACACUCUCAACUCUUGAUACAUGGGACUGUGCAUCAAGAUUUCAAGGUUUUUGUAGGACAAGUUGAUGUUUUUAAUUCUCCUGUGUUUCACAUUUUGUUUGAAUAUACAGGGGCAAAGUGUAGACAGCUCACAGUUAACUUUGCUUCAGUUUAUAUGCAUGAGUGAGAUUCUGCAGCAGUUACACUGCAGUUAUAUCACAGAUGUACUACUCAUAUAUUAGAUUAACGAAAUACAGUUUAUCAACAUUUACAAAGUAUGCCUGACCAUCUGAGUUUAUUAAAAGGUCUUACUUAAA